AACGCAAACCAACUGCCUUCUCUCUCUCUCUUCUUUAACAGCCAUAAUUUUUUAGUCUCUUCUCUCUUAGCCACUUACUCUCUUUAUCUCUCUCUCACUAUUUUUUCCCCCCAAAAAAACACCAAAAACACACAAACACACACACACACACAUACACACAAAAACCUCCUUAAUCAUGGAAGCUCCUGAAUAUUUCCAGAUCAAUGCCUACUCCUCCCAAUUCUCCUCCCCCGACGACGCCGAUGCCACCACCACCGCCGCCGCUGCCGCUGCACCCGACCAUUUCAUCGUCGAGGAGCUUCUCGAUUUCUCCAACAACGAAGAUGACGCCGUCCUUACUGACUCUGGAGGAGGAGGAGGAGGAGGAGGAGGUGGAGGAGGAGGAGGAUUGUUUUACAACAAUAAUAAUACUUCUACUAAUGACCAUAACAAUAACAAUAAUUCAACGGAAUCUUCCGCCGUUACCGUGAUGGAGAGUUGCAAUUCCUCAUCCUCCUUCUUUGAAGAUAUUAGUGGCUCUAAUUUAGGCGAUGCCCAUUUCUCCAGCGAACUCUGCGUUCCGUAUGACGAUUUAGCUGAGCUGGAAUGGCUUUCAAACUUUGUAGAGGAAUCAUUUUCCAGCGAGGACAUGCAAAAGUUAGAACUCAUCUCGGGAGUCAAAGUCAAAUCCGACGAACCCCCCACUCAAUCCCCACAACCCACGGCCACCCGAAGCGCAGCAGCAAUUUUCAAACCGGAAAUUGUUUCCGUUCCGGCUAAAGCCCGCAGCAAACGCUCACGUGCCCUCCCAUCUAAUUGGAACAACUCCGCCCUCCUUCCUCUUUCUUCUCCCACUGCCGAAUCCGAAACUACACCACCCAUCGAACAACCACAUCCCAUUAAAAAAACCCUUCCCAAGGCGGCAGCUACGGCUAAGAAGAAGGACAGUCCAGACUUAGGAUUUUCAUCCGGAGAGGGGCGUAAGUGCAUGCACUGCGCCACCGACAAGACACCCCAGUGGCGGACUGGCCCAAUGGGCCCAAAAACAUUGUGUAAUGCUUGUGGGGUUCGGUACAAAUCCGGCCGCUUGGUUCCGGAGUAUCGCCCUGCCGCAAGCCCCACCUUUGUUUUAACCAAACACUCUAAUUCUCAUCGGAAAGUUUUGGAGCUUCGACGACAAAAGGAGAUUCUUAGAGCCCAACAACAGCAACCACAGCAUUUGCUUUUGGAUCAUCGUCAGGAUAUGAUCUUUGAUGCAUCAAACGGUGAUGAUUAUCUCAUUCAUCAACAUGUGGGCCCAGAUUUCCGGCAGCUGAUCUGACCAUUGCCGGUAGGCAUUGAGUCCGGCCAAUGUGAUUCAUUUUUGGUUUUUUCUUCAUGAGAUUUUUAGAUGAUUUUGUUGGAAGUUCUGACAUUUUUAUUUUCUUUUUCUUCCCAUAGACAUUUUUUUUAAUUGUCUGACAACCGGAAAAGAAAAAAAAAAAACAAAUUACAAAUGAAGAAAAAUAGUUGUUUAAUUAAUUAAAGAAAUAUUCAGUCCAAGGUUUUUACUAUUA